CACGCCCAACUCCAUCUGUCCGCGCCUAUCAACCCACCAUAAGCAGAGCAUCCUCGGCCGGCGAGAACGAUGGCCAAAUGCGGCAAGGUCCAGAGCAUCGUCCGCCUCCAGCAGACGCUGCGGCGGUGGCGGUCCCGGGCCGCGGCGGCGCCGGUGCCGUCGGGGCACGUGGCGGUGUGCGUGGGGGGCGAGUCGCGGCGGUUCUUGGUGCGCGCGGCGCACCUCAACCACCCCGUGUUCCGGGAGCUGCUCCGGCAGUCGGAGGAGGAGUACGGCUUCCCGUCCACCCCUGGCCCCGUCGCGCUCCCCUGCUGCGACGAAGACCGCUUCCUGGACGUCCUCCGCCGCGUGUCCUCCGAGGACCGCUUCCUCCGCCGCGGCCGCUCGUUCUGCUGCCGCGUGCCGGUCGUCACCAGCCGCGACGUCGCGGCGCGGCCGUUGCUGCAGGGGAUGGCGGUGGAGAAGCUCGUGUGGUGAUCAAUAUAUGGAAGCUGUGCGCCUAGGCCAUUCAAUAUGCUCCGUAUGCAUGCAAGCUAGCACCGGCGGUUUAGUUCCGCCGGCGGCAACUGUUCCGUUGGACGCCGACAAGGUUUAAGCAUCUCGUGCGCCUGCCAGAGCCGAGAAGACGAACUGACCGAGCAACCGUGAAUGACGCGCACGGCAAGCGAUGACACGUCGGCCGAUUGAAGGGCGUGCUCCCGUGCCCGGCGUAAUGGCGGGGCGCCCCAACCGUAGAUCGCCGAGGGCGCCGCUCGUGCUCAGCUGAGGUUGGCCGGGGGCCGUGCGGCUAGCAACUAGUACUAGCUCUGUAAUUCUUGACCUUGGCUGAAGGUAGAAGAUUUGUUCUUUUUUACUCCCUCCGUCUAGAAAUACUUGUCGGAGAAAUGGAUGUAUCUAGACAUAUUUUAAUUCUAGAUACAUUCAAUUUUAUCUAUUUGUGCGACUAGUAUUUCCGGACGGAAGGAGUACUUACUAGUACUAGUAUAUUCGCACGUGCAACGCACGUGUAAUCUUCUUAAGCCUCCCAUCUUGCAUCAAGAUGCCAUUUGUCCUUCGAAGAACACAUCUCUAAUAGUAUAUUU